UAUCCUGCAUUAAGCACCUAAGUAACAGUAGCAACAAAUUACAUUUGACGUGAAUUUUCUAGCAUAAGAAAAAUGAUACUGUACAAAAUUAUAGUGCUACAGCUAUUGGUAGCUGUAGCUUACUCGUCUGACCAUCAGACUUACCCAGGGACGUCAACGAGACCUAUUUUAUCAGAUUCAGAGGCCGCUCUUUAUACAAAAGAGACAUAUUUACAAGGAUGGACUCCCGAAACAAUCAGCACCAGUAAACAAGAUUAUUUAGUGGGAUCAGGUGGAUAUUCUACCAUACAAGAAGCCGUAAAUGCUGCGGUUACUGCCGGUGGAACCACUAGAAAAUACAUUAAGAUAUCAGCAGGAACGUACAGGGAAGCCGUGCUUAUUCCUAAAACUGACGUGCCACUCACCUUGUAUGGUACCCCAGGGAGUCCUGGAGAUGUUCAUAUUGUUCUUACUCAGCCUGCAACGAUGACUGGUACCGCAUAUGCUAAUCAAGUGAACCCGAACGGUGCCAAAUAUAAGAGCGGCGAUCCGGCUUAUUCCAUGUAUUACAAAUGCGCCAGUAAAGAUACCAUUGGUACCACUUGUAGCAGUGUGUUCCAGGCCUCUAACGACAAUUUGGAACUUGCCUAUUUGACUGUAGAGAACCCCAGUACCGAGGCACAGGCUGUAGCCUUCUUGGGCUCUGGAGACAAGCAACAGUUCGAUCACGUGUGGUUCUACGGAUUUCAAGAUACACUCUACGUUAAAAAUGGCAGAAAGUAUUUCAAGAAACCGACGAUCAAAGGUGACGUAGACUUCAUCUUCGGUGAUGCCUCGGCUGUAUUCGAGUGGGCUCAAAUCAUCGCCAGGGGAGACAGACGUAGUUCGGCCGUUGUAUUCGCACCCAAUACGCCAAAAACUCAAAAAUACGGUUUUUUAACGAUAAACAGCAAAAUUACCGCUGAUAACGCAGUGAAAUCGAAGAAGGGUUGCAGCCUCGCUAGGGACUGGCUUUCCAAUGAUGAUGUUAAUGGACAAGUGGUAAUAAGGGAAACGGAAGUGGUCGACGUCAUAAACGUUACUGCGCCCUACGCGACUUCCACCGGUGGUACUAAACCGUUUGCCGGAAACGCAAAUACUAAUAGAGACUUGGACGAUACUAACUAUAACAGAUUCUGGGAAUAUAAGAACACUGGAACUGGAGCUUAAGUUAUAAUAAAAAAAUUAAGUUAGA